AUGUUGGAUAUCAAUCUGUUUAGAGAAAAGAGGGGCAGUAACCCCGAAAUCAUUCGUGAGUCUCAACGUCGUCGUUUCAAAAACGUUGACCUCGUCGAUCAGGUCAUCCAGCUCGACGAAGACUGGCGUCAGCGUAAGUUCGAGCUCGACCAUCUUCGCAAAGACUUGAACGGCAUCAACAAGCGAGUUGCUCAACUGAGAAUUACGGGUGGCGAUGCGACUGAGUUGAUUAACAGCACAGAGGAAAAUAGGAGGUUGGCGGCAGAGAAAGAAGCUGAAGUUGGAGAAGCUUUAGAAUUGUUGAAUACAAAGUUGGAAGAAAUUGGAAACAUUGUGCAUGAUUCAGUUCCCGUCAGCGAUGAUGAGGCAAACAAUGCUGUGAUUAGAUCGUGGGGUGAGAAGCGAUUGCAGGAGCCAACACUAAAAAAUCAUGUUGAGCUCGUUAAGCUUGCUGAGAUUGCAGAGUUUGCAAGAGGUGCUGAAGUGGCUGGCAGCAGAGGUUUUUACCUGAAACAUGUUGGCAUGCUCCUGGAUCGAGCUCUGACCCACUUUGCUGUCGAUUUUCUUGUGGAAAGGGGAUAUGAGGGAUUGCGGCCUCUACCAUUUAUGACAAAGGAUAUGAUGGCAAAGUGUGCUCAGUUGCAAGAAUUUGAUGGGGAACUUUACUCUGUAGGGGAAGACAAAUAUCUGAUUGCUACAUCUGAACAGCCACUUUGUGCAUAUCAUGCAGGUGAGUGGAUCCAUCCAUCCCAGCUGCCAAUGAGAUACGUUGGACUUUCGGAUUGCUUCCGUAAAGAAGCUGGUUCGCACGGUAGAGAUACUUUGGGACUAUUUAGGACCCACGUGUUUACGAAAGUUGAACAGUUUUGCAUUACAAGCCCAGAGGGCAAUGACUCUUGGGACAGGCAUGAGGAAAUGAUCAAAAAUUCGGAGGACUUCUAUAAGGCGCUGAACCUCCCCUAUCGUGUUGUGGGCAUUGUUUCGGGUGCUUUGAAUGGUGCAGCAGCAAAGAAGUAUGAUCUUGAAGGCUGGUUUCCUGCAUCUCAGACAUACAGAGAACUGGUCUCGUGUUCAAACUGUACAGACUACCAGUCGAGAAAACUAGAAAUUCGAUAUGGUGAGCAGGGAAAGAGCGAUGAUCAGCUUCAGACAAAGCAAUAUGUUCACUUACUGAACUCCACUCUUACAGCCAUUACAAGAACCAUUUGCUGCAUUGUUGAGAACUACCAGAGGGAAGAUGGUGUUGAGAUACCGAAAGCUUUACAAAAUUAUAUGGGCGGGAAGACCUUCCUACCUUUCAAGAGCAAACAGGCCCCUGAAGUCAAACAGAAGAAUUAA